AUGUGGACCAGGGGCGUGGCUCUGUGGCUCUCUGGGCUGCUUUUAUGUGCGGGACAUCGCCCAGCAUCCACAGAAAGCAGGACAACAGGAGCCAACUGUGGAUCAGAUGAUCACAGGAAGUUAUUGGAAUGUCAAAAUAACAGAAAGCUGCUGUGCCAAGGAACAAAGACUUCUCGGGUCUUCAUAAAUAGAGUGAAGAAAACAAGAGGAAAGGUCUCUGUCAGUGCCCUUCCUCUGUGCCUUGGCCUUCUGCUUCCUACAUCAGGGAUCAUCAGGGACCAUCAGAGACCACCAUGGACCGCUCAGUGCAGGAGCUCUUUCUAA